GUCGAGUUCCGGUUCCGGUUGCUGCUGCUGCCGCCGCUGCUGCGGGCGGGCGGCGAGUCCAGAGCGGGCUCGCCGUGUGGGUGCUGCCCAGCUUCACCAGCACCUUGGGACUGCAGCAGCUCGGGGGCCCGUGCUGCCCCUGACUCCUCUUCCGGGCGAUGGUGCAGCCUGAGGGCGCCUCCAUCCCCUGCCGCCGCUGACCCCGGGCCCCCCACUCCAUGGCCGCCUCGGCGCCGCCCCCACCGGACAAGCUGGAGGGAGGUGGCGGCCCCGCACCGCCCCCUGCGCCGCCCAGCACCGGGAGGAAGCAGGGCAAGGCCGGUCUGCAAAUGAAGAGCCCAGAAAAGAAACGAAGAAAGUCAAAUACUCAGGGCCCUGCAUACUCACACCUGACGGAGUUUGCGCCACCCCCGACUCCGAUGGUGGACCACCUAGUGGCGUCCAAUCCUUUCGAGGAUGACUUUGGAGCCCCGAAGGUUGGAGCCACGGCUCCUCCUUUCCUCAGCAGUCCUGUACCCUUUGGAGGCUUCCGCGUCCAGGGGGCCAUGGCGGGUCAGGUACCUCCUGGUUAUGGCACUGGGGGUGGAGGGGCUCCUCAGCCACUCCGGAGACAGCCUCCCCCUUUCCCUCCCAACCCUAUGGGUCCUGCUUUCAACAUGCCCCCCCAGGGCCCUGGCUACCCACCCCCAGGCAACAUGAACUUUCCCAGCCAACCCUUCAACCAGCCUCUGGGUCAGAACUUUAGCCCUCCUGGGGGGCAGAUGAUGCCUGGCCCAGUGGGGGGAUUUGGCCCCAUGAUGUCACCCACCAUGGGACAACCUCCCAGAGGGGAGCUGGGACCCCCUUCUCUCCCCCAACGCUUUGCCCAGCCAGGGGCACCUUUUGGCCCUUCUCCUCUUCAGAGACCUGGCCAAGGGCUCCCUAGCCUACCCCCCAACACAAGUCCUUUCCCUGGUCCGGACCCUGGUUUUCCUGGACCUGGUGGUGAGGAUGGCGGGAAGCCCUUGAAUCCACCUGCUCCCACUGCUUUUCCCCAGGAGCCCCACUCGGGUUCCCCGGCAGCUGCUGUCAAUGGGAAUCAGCCUAGCUUCCCCCCAAACAGCAGUGGGCGGGGUGGAGGUACUCCAGAUGCCAACAGCCUGGCCCCCCCCGGCAAGGCAGGUGGGGGCUCCGGGCCACAGCCUCCUCCAGGCUUGGUGUACCCAUGCGGUGCCUGUCGGAGCGAGGUGAACGACGACCAGGAUGCCAUUCUGUGUGAGGCCUCCUGUCAGAAGUGGUUCCACCGCGAGUGCACGGGCAUGACUGAGAGCGCUUACGGGCUGCUGACCACCGAGGCCUCCGCUGUCUGGGCCUGUGACCUCUGCCUCAAGACCAAGGAGAUCCAGUCAGUCUACAUCCGCGAGGGCAUGGGGCAGCUGGUGGCAGCCAACGAUGGGUGACAUCCAGGUGGCCUGGGAAAGUGCACAUGUCCCUCCCUGCCCUUUCCAGGCGGAUUGUUGCUUGGGUCUGGCUCUUGGUCCUUGUGCCCACUGGUUGCCCGAGCCCCAGGGAGCUGAAGCUGUGGCUGCUGGGAGCAGAAGUGGAACUGAGGCAAGUGGGCAGGCAGGUGGAAGAGCCUGUUGCACGUCUCCAGAAACUCAACGUACGUUGAGAUCUAUCUGCAGAGAGCCAGGAAACCAAAGUCCUGUGUGGAGCAGAGCCCGUUUUUUUUGGGGGGGGGGCUGGGGGAAAAGGAGUGGCUAUUGUGGAGCCUAGGGCCCGUGGCUGUAAGAAAAGCCGAAGUGGAUGGAAGAUGUGGAGGGCCAAGGUGUCGCCUGUGCCGCUGAUGGAUGACUGCCCUUCAUACCCUCCCCAAAGUCCCAGCAGCCCUCUGGAGGCCUACUGUGCUGGCCUUAGUUUUUGCAGUCAGGUGGUCAAGGAUUCUGGCCAGAGGAGUUGGGAGCCUCCCACAGCCCUCCAGGAGCCUCCCUGUCGGCUCUGGGAGACAUCCUUAGGGAAAUACGUGGGGAUGGCUUCCUCUGCCUCUGCCAAGAUCUGCUUAACUUCUCUUUCUGCACAGAACCAAAUAGCUUGGAGGAGUAAAGGACUCCUGGCUGUGUCCAGCAUUGGUGACUUGGGGGUCUUCAAGACCGUAGGCAAGGAAGGCUUGCAUAGCAUCCUCUUGAUACCAGAACCACUGGGCCUCUCAGCUUCCCCAAGCUUUUCUCUUCUAAUGCCCUUUCUUUCUUUGUUUUGGGGCAGAAAAAAAAAAUCUGUCAACCCACAGAGUGUGAGGCGAUCAGGCUGUCCUGGAGUUUGCUGCCCUUGUCCAUCUGUUGCACACUAUACUUGGCGCUGACCUCCAGCUCCCAGCGCCCUUCAGUUCCCAGUGCCUCCUGGGCUUCAUGGGAGGAAAGCCGGAAGAGGCAGAGCUGUAUACCUCAUUCUCUCUCCUGAUAAUGGAGCCCAGGGAGGCCCUGGCCUAGCCCUGUGCACUAGGGGAGUCUGCAAGAUCCCCAGUGCUAUGGUACUAUAAAGGUCCAAGAGCCUGUGCUAGCUCACUGCUUUUUUCCUAGCCACCCCUCAUUCACUGCCACACGCCCAGUCAAGCCCAGGGUGUCCCAUAGCUCUCAUUCCCAGCCAGCCCUACCCUGGAGCGGUACAUGGCUUCACUUUUAUUCUGGAAGCACUGCCAACCAGAAGUUGGGGCUUGUGGAGGAGCCCGACAGCUGCCCCUGCUUCCUUACAGCUGAUGCACACAUUCCUUAGAGGGAUGGGGGAAAGACAGGCCAGAGGCGGCUCUCAGCCUGCAGCAGGAAGGCAAAGGCCUGCCCUCUGGUGUGACACCCCAGCCCCCCAUUUUGCUAAGGUCCUGUCCCCUGCCACUACCUUGUUAAGCCACCAGACUUGGAGGCUGAGGGGGUGGGGGCGCGGACUGCCUUUUCCAGUCCUGCCCCCCCCCA